UAGAAUACAAUGAUAAUUCUCCAGUAGAAUGUAAUGAUAACUCUGCAGAAGAAUAUGUUAAAAACUUCACGGAAUCCGUUGUUGACCAAAAUUUUUAUGCAGAAUCAACACAAGAAAAAACUCAUCUUAAUCAAUAUGCAAGGUCUGCUAGAUUUUGUAUAUAUCGUAAACGAGUUGAGUGUAGUUUUUCAAGAGAGUCAAUUCCCAAUCAAGUAAUUGAUUCAACACAACAACGUCAAUGGCCAUCUAGAAAAAUUAGGUGCUCAUGGCAUAUAAACUUAACAAUGCCUAAAGCUUUUUCAGAAGUAGGAAUUACAAAUGACGAAACAACUGAAAGUUACGAGUGGUUUCUCAAUUGUGUCCUUGAAGUAACAAAUAAUGUUUCCCCUACUUGUCUAUUUUCUGAUUCAGAACCUGCUUUAAUAAACACUAUUGUAUUAAAAAUGCUUACUACACACCACUUUCUUUGCAUUUUUCAUAUACAAGAAAAUUUACCUAAAGAUUAUCUUAAUCAUACCUUAAAACAUUGUUAUAAAGCGUGGGCAAAAUGUUAUCAAGUCAAAUACUUCAUAGCUGGAAUUCAAAGUAUGCAAAGGGUUGAAAUGAUGAAUAGAAUAAUAAAAAAUGGUGUUAGUAGCUCAUCUUCAUUAUCACCUUCUAUUAUUGAAUCUGUAUUUCUAGAGGUAAUCGAGUUACUUAAAGAAUAUUUAACUCCUUAUAUUCUAUCUGUUCAACGCCAACAAAUACUUGGGUUUUUAUUAUAUCAUGCAAUGUUAAUUCCUAGAGAGACAAUUCAUGCUAUACAAGAAACCAUUGGAAUAACUACAUUAUUUCAGAAUGCUAAUACUAAUCACGUAGUAGUUCCUGAUUUGUACAUACUUGACAAAUUUAGAGCACCACACACCUUCAUAGCCAAAAUUAGGCAACAUGCACAAAAGAAAGUCAAAUAUGUAUCUGGGUCCGAAAAGGCAAAGAGAGUGCUUAAUUUAGCACUUGAUAUGG